AUGAAGGACUGCGAGUACCAGCAGAUCAGCCCCGGGGCCGCCCCGCCCGCCGCCUCCCCCGGGGCGCGCCGCUCCGGCUCCGCCGCGCCCCCCGCCCCGGGCCCGGGGCCCGCGCCCGCCGCCCCGCGCUGGAGCGGCAGCGGCAGCGGGAGCCUGGGCCGUCGUCCGCGGCGUAAGUGGGAGGUGUUCCCGGGCCGCAACCGCUUCUACUGCGGCGGCCGCCUCAUGCUGGCCGGCCACGGCGGCGUGUUCGCGCUCACGCUGCUGCUCAUCCUCAGCACCACCAUCCUCUUCUUCGUCUUCGACUGUCCCUACCUGGCCCGUGAGCUCACCCUCGCCAUCCCCAUCAUCGCUGCCGUCCUCUUCUUCUUCGUCAUGAGCUGCCUGCUGCAGACGAGCUUCACCGACCCCGGCAUCCUGCCCCGGGCCACCGUCUGUGAAGCUGCUGCCCUGGAGAAACAGAUCGACAACACAGGCAGCUCCACGUACCGGCCACCCCCUCGGACGCGGGAGGUGAUGAUCAACGGGCAGAUGGUAAGGCUAAAGUACUGCUUCACCUGCAAGAUGUUCCGGCCACCCCGGACCUCGCACUGCAGCGUCUGCGACAACUGUGUGGAACGGUUUGACCAUCACUGCCCCUGGGUGGGCAACUGUGUCGGGAGACGAAACUACCGCUUCUUCUACGCGUUCAUUCUCUCCCUCUCCUUCCUCACGGCCUUCAUCUUUGCCUGCGUGGUCACCCACCUGACACUGCGCUCUCAGAGGAGCAACUUCCUCUCCACUCUGAAGGAGACACCAGCAAGCGUGCUGGAAUUGGUGAUCUGCUUCUUCUCCAUCUGGUCCAUCCUGGGCCUCUCAGGGUUUCACACUUACCUCGUCGCCUCCAACCUGACCACUAACGAAGACAUCAAAGGCUCGUGGUCCAGCAAGAGGGGCGGGGAGGCCUCUGUCAACCCCUACAGCCAUAAAAGUAUUAUCACCAACUGCUGUGCUGUGCUCUGUGGCCCCCUACCUCCCAGCCUGAUUGACCGGAGAGGAUUUGUGCAGUCUGACACUGUAUUGCCCUCGCCUAUCAGAAGUGAUGAGCCAGCCUGUGGAGCCAAGCCGGACACCACCAUGGUAGGAGGCCACCCCUGAACGUGGCUCAGCAUCUGCCACCUGCUGGCCUGUCCACUCCUUCGUACCCACCUGCCACCUUUCACACCUGCCGGGACCCUCCCCAUGCCAUCCAAGGGAAGCAGAGCUGCCAAAGACUCAAGUCUUUUCGUAUUUAUUUCCCACCCUGCGUGGCUUUCCCUGAAUUGCUCCAUGGCUGUACCCUCUGCUCCCUAAACCCAGGUUCCCACAGCCUUGGACCCUAGGUCCCCCAGGUGAUCCGUGGCGGGAGUGAAGGAGAGCCACAGUAUCUGGAGGCCACCAAGGGGACCGUGUCAAGUCUCUGCCUGUGCCUAGGCAAACCCUGCGUGAGUGAGGGUGUGAACUGAAUGAGAGGCCUCUGCUGAGCCAGGGACCUCAGGAAACCACUGAGCAACCAGCUUGGAUCACGGGUGGUGGAGAGGACAGCUCCGUGGGCCACUUUGGUUUAGGGGCUCCUCCUGUGCUCCCUUUGUGAUGAUCAUUGUUAGAGUGGGCUUUUGGUGGGCUUGGGUGGGGGGUUGUAUGGGUUUGGCCAAUAGUACAGAACUGAGGUGCCAGUGGAGUGAGCUGGGGUAGGAGAUGGGGCAACCUGUAUCAGGAAACCAAACCAGCCAAUCAGACCCCCAGAACCUCAGCUGCUCUAGUCCUGAGCAGCACGACUGAGCAGGGGGAAGGGAGGGACCUUGCCCUCCCCACGGAGGCUGUCUAAGGGACCUCUGCCAGCCCUUCCCCCAUCUCGUCACCAAGUCAGGGCUAGGGGGUGGGCAGGUUAUGCUCAUGCUGGCAAUACUUGAAACGGGUUUAUUAAUGCUGGGUAUUUUGCACAAUUUUAUAGACCUCUUUUCUACAUAGCCUUUUUUUAACAUGAAAAAAAUGUCAGCCACAUUGCUACCUGUGCAGUGCCAAGUAAAGGCUACCAGAGGGUUAAUUGAUUUUGACAAGUUUAUUGUUGUAAGAGACCUUCUAGCUGUGAAUGAGUAUGUUGUGAGUGUGUGUGCGCACACAUGUGUGUGUUUGCGUGUGCCCUUGUAUAAGUGUGGUGGUUGGCCCCAUACCCCCUAGGCUGCCUGCUUCCCCCUUGGGUUCGAAAGCAGCCGGAGCUAUAGGAUGGGGAGCAUGUGCAUUGGACACAAGACCCCUGGACUCGCGGGGCUCAGCCCUCGUUCUUUAACUCUUCCUUCAUGGACCUUGGACAACCAGGGGCUUGGGACUCUGUCACGCAGCAGCCAGGUCAGGCUUCCAGCUGGCACCUGCCUAGACAAGC